GGGGGAAAGCUUGCAGUUGUUGCGCAGCGUCGCUGAUGUGAGGCGGAGUGAGAGAGGAGAGUCUGCAUCGCUGGAAUCGUUCAGUCAGGCUCCUUAGAAACACCAUGAACCCAGUAUACAGUUCAGCUGCUUCAGGGGUUCCAUAUGCAAAUCCAAAAGGAAUUGGAUACCCAGGUUUUCCAGUGGGGUAUGCAGCAGCUGCUCCUGCCUUUUCUCCUACUAUGUAUGCUGGUACAAACCCAGCCUUCCAGACAGGUUACACACCAGGCACACCUUAUAAAGUCUCAUGUUCUCCAACCAGUGGAGCGGUGCCACCUUACUCCUCCUCUCCCAACCCAUACCAGACAGCUGUAUACCCGGUUCGAAGUGCCUAUCCACAGCAGAACCCUUACGCGCAGCAAGGCACUUACUACACACAGCCUCUAUAUGCUGCACCGCCUCAUGUAAUUCAUCACACCACAGUUGUUCAACCAAAUGGAAUGCCUGCUGCCAUGUACCCACAACCAAUUCCAUCACCCAGAGCAAAUGGUGUUGCCAUGGGAAUGGUAGCUGGGACCACUAUGGCAAUGUCAGCAGGCACUUUGUUGACAACUCAUUCCCCAACACCAGUAGCUCCUCAUCCAGUUUCCUUGCCUGCUUAUAGGACUCCGGGAACGCCUACCUACAACUACGUACCCUCACAGUGGUGAUCAGCUAGUAACUGAAAAUGUUGAAAGGUGGGAGAUAUGCAAUCAAACAAGUCUUAACACUUGGUGCUGAAUCCCACAUAUCUCCAACCAGGAUCCUUCCUUCCAGCACAUCAAUGCUCUCAACACUUGCCAAACACUACCAAAAAAAGUCUUGGAAGAUUAUCAUGGCUGCAUAUCUUGCAUCUUGGAACUCAGCAGUACUCAAGUCUUAACAGCAAAACCUGUUUUGUGGACUGUCUUGCAAUUUUAUAGAUUACACGAAAGGGAGUAUAAGCAUAUUUGGAUUCCUAUCUAGUUCAAUGCAUGUUACAAAAUGCUUGCUCAAAUCUACCUGCAAUGACUAAUGCAAACCAUCAUAUGCAAAAUCCAAAGGAACUGAGGUUCAAAAAUAUUUUGCAACUUAAUUUCAAUAAUGCAGAGUUUUAUUGUAUGUAAUGUUUUAAACAAAAAGAGUUGUGCAAGUGAAUUUAUGGAGCUCUCCAGAAUACAAAGCUUCUGGCUGAUCUGUUGGACUGGAAUUUUUUUAAUGGGAGCAGUUAAAAUUUCUUUAGCCAGAUUAUUAAUUUGCAUUUACAGUACAGCACCUGGAGGUGGUGUUCAGGUAGGCACGAAAUGGAACCUACAGGUGUUGUCUUGACAGUCAUUUUUUUUUUCCAUUUUUAAACGAUAUUAGAUUCAGUGUGACAUUAGAGAAAAAGGCAGCAUUAGAGAUUAAAAUGAGACAAAUGGAGCAAAUGUGCAGGCAUAUUUUAAACACAUCUGGAACAGCUGGUAGGGGAAAUAGAAGUAUUUUUCUAUUCUUUGAUUUAAUAUUGCAGUAUCAUUAUAAAUGCCUCUGAUUUAAAAUCAUGACAUUUGAUGGUUUUUAGCCUUUUAAUUUGGUAACUAUUUUUUUCCGUGACAAGUUUUCCCAUUAGUUAUUGUCAAAUGCAAAUCACUGAUUAUCAUCUUGGUCAAUAGAUAAUAUAAAAUACAAUUUUUUUUUCAUAUUUGGCUCCUCAAAUUAUAGGCCUCAUUUCUUUUAAGUGUUGGCACAAUAUUGGUGACUAUGUUUAUCAAGUUCACAUAAUUUUUGUCACAGUCUCAUUUGAUUUGUUCCAGGCUGUGUAUCACAUAGGAUGACUUCAUUAGUCAAGCAGAGUUGAAUAACAUUUUGAAGGCAUUUAUGACUAAUGCUUCUGAAUAUAUAAACUGUAGUAUGAAACCAAAGGAGGUAAAUUUCUUAAUUUUGGUUUGGAAAUCUGUCCGUUACAUGAUCCCAUAAUUUUCAUUGGAUUUUCAUAGGAGUUGUUGGUUUUGCAACAGUCAUGUUUGAAUUGAACAACAGACUGCAACUGUCAGAUAACAUCUGCUUACUAACUGAAGAAAAGGCAGAUCCCCUUUAUCCUGCAUAUAUUAGCUUUCUCCCCAAUCUCUACAUGCAAUUCAAUGAGCAAUAACUCUUCUUAGUCCCAAUGACCUGGGUAAUGCCAUUCUUGAGCUUAUUGUCAGAAGAUACAAGUGAAUAGUGUAGGCUGACUUAUCUUUCAGCUUUACCUAUUGGGCUAAUUGCCUUACCCAAUCAGCUUGACUAAGAGCCAGACCUCACUGCAUUGGAUGAGGAAUUACAGGGAAAAUGAAACUUGAAAAUCUUGAAUUAUGAUAUCCAAUGUAAAAAUACUGAGUUCCACUUGCAUACUUUUUUCAAUUGUUAUUUCCUGUUCAAAACAAAUCAAUAAUGCAAGUCUGAAAGGUCAAAUGGAUGAACUAACCACUCCUUGUGUUUAUAAUGGCCAGGAAUCUCUUUAGUUCUUUGAUGUUUCAAAGCCCCUAAGCACUGCAUAAUAAUUUCAAUGCAAAAUUUUUUGUGACAGUAAGAAACUAAUUGAUAAAAUUGAGUAAGAUCUUGUCCGUGUCAAUUUCCAGUCCCUCUUGGAGAUUGAUAAUACACUAAGCCUUCAUGGAAGUUAAUUACAGAAAUGACAGCUAAUCUGUGAUGAAACCUAAUUGUGUCUGUGCACUAGGAUUGUCUAGCAGUGUGGCUGAGAGCAUUCAGCUGUCCUCCUGGUUGUACUUGUGAUAUAAGUAAUGCAGGGGAGUAUUUUGGAUUGCUUCUGGCACCAUACGUGAUGCAAGAGGAUCCAACGUCUUGAGUUAGUUUUUAUUUCUAGACUUGUCAAAUUUUACCUGAAUUAGCACAAAUUGAGGAAAGUAGUUGUGGACACCAUUGAACAACUUAUUUUAAUGUAGAGGAAUUAGUCAGUUUAAUGAAUUGAAAUUGUUUUUGAUAGUAGCUAGCAAAGAAAUAGUCAAGGGGAACAAGCACAUAACUUUUAGAACUCGUAUCUUUCCUAUUCCAUUUUUCUAUAUUGAACUUUUAUAAUGGAUUUAGCAUGUAUGUUAACUUCAUUUUAAAAUACUUCCACGACCAAUUUCUUAACCUGUUUUGGAUAGCCAGCAGCAUUGCUACUGGGAAUGUAAUGAAAAAGACAUUUAACUUUAAAAAAUGGAGCAGUAUGAAAUUACUGGGUUGUUUAUUGAACAUGAAUUCAAGUUUUAAUAUAUCUGAUUGCACUCACUGCCGUUUGUGUGCCAAGUGCAGUAGUUUUGCUAGAGGUUUCACUGAUAGUGGUGUCCUGCAGGCCUACAGAGUAUCUCGGUUUCAGAAAAGCAAUGCAUGUUUGAACAGGUAUUUCUAAGGUUACCUUUUAUAAAUCCUGCAUUAAAAUUACAUGAUCAAGGAGGGAGCUUAAAAUUGUGUUCAUAUACAUUUCAUUCCUUUUAGAGAUUGAAGUGAGUUAGGUAAUGAAUUCUUCACUUGUGUUCUAAGUAAAAUUGUGUGAUGUUACAUCGGUCAGGGUUUGUUUUUUGAUCUAGUAUUGACAGGGUUUGGAAACUUUUGAGAUACUUCGCACUAUAAUAUGGUUUUUCAUUCUAUAAACAUGCAUCAUGACAGACUACAUCAACCUUCUAAAAGAUUCUCAAAAAGUACAAAGAUUCCAAUUUUGACUAAUAAAAAUUUAUUACACUAUGUAAAUUUUAAAGGAAAAGUGUAAUUGAUAGUUCCUUUAAAGAUUUAUAAGUUGCCAAUAAGGGCUUAGAAUGAAACAAAAAUUGAACAUAAAUAGCUAACCUAUAAUUAACACUGUACACUGGAUUAAUAUGAUUUCCUUUAAUUUCCUUAUUUUUAAUCUUUUCUUUCUUUUUACAUCCUUCUCAGUGCUUCACCUCACCUGCUAUGGUGUAAUAUAUGCUGAAAUAUUUUCUAUCGUGGCAUCAGUGUGGACUUUGUAACUGAGUGCAGCAUGGAAAUUUUCUUGUUCAGUGUGGUUUUUCAAAUAUGCAGCCCUUGCAUCUUGAUCACUUGGCAUCAAUUGUGCUUCUGUAGUACUGCUGCAUUACAGAAGUUAGUGGCUAAUCAAAUAAUGAAGGCUAAAUCCACAGUGCAUAGCUGCUGAGACAGCAUUUAGCUUAUACAAUUCCUUUUCUUUCAAUGUAUGUUUCAAGGAGAAAAUAAUGGGUAGUGAGAAGAAGAAAAAUCAACCAUGGAAGCCUGCCAUGGACAAUGUUUAAUAUAGAGCACUGUUUAAAUCUGGGAGUUUCUUCAUGUUACACUGCUGUACAUGCACUCAUUUGAAAUAAUGCAGUUUAUGUUAAGUUUUAAAUUUAGUUGCUUUUUAUAUUUAAAAAAAACUUGGUAGACCAAAUUAUGCUUUGUUGCACAAAUUUUGACAAAACACUCAUUUGGUGCUUUGGCCAUUCUUUAGUGUUCAUACUGGUUACUUUUGGCAUUUCAAGUCGUUCCUUGGGAUGAUUUUAGUGUUGUUUCAUAAAGUGGGUGGAAGAGAAUCCAAAAUUUCAGUCUCUUAACAUCCAGAAACUUGUGGAUGCCCAAGUUUGAAAUUUACGAAUGGCCAUCCAACUUUCUGCACUUUGGAUUGGGAGACAUUCAAGUUAAUUCUGAGCUGUUGUUGCAUUGUUGAAGGAACAUGCAUGCUUGGCAUACUAAUUCUAUUUGUUCUCUCAAACAUUCUGGUUUGAAGAAGGUAUUGAACUGAUUUAUAGAAUUACAUGAGGGAUAAAAUAUACUGCAAGAUCUGUAGCCUCAUGCAAUUUUGAGACUUGGAAAUAUUCUAAAGCAUUUGUCAAAGCUGUUUGGGGUAACACAUAUGCUCAGGGACAGAUUGAGAAUGACCACCUUGUGUUGAGCUAAAGAUUAUGUAUUUCACCAUGGUUCAUGAAUACUGUAUGUCAUUGAAGUGUAAUUUCUAUUUAACCUAACGCCUCAACAAUUCUCACACUCAAAUUGGGUGUGUUCCUUCAAUGCAAUUCAGUGUUCAACUGAAGUACUUUGCAGUUAAAUACUUGUUUUAAAUAUUGGGUUAGGGCAAAAGAAGAGCUGUACAAUAAACAUUAGUAAUCAGUACGGAUCUUUGGGGAAAAUGUCUCUUCAUACAUUGUAUAUGUUUGCAUGGUCUUUUAAAGCAGUUAAUAACUGGAUUGACUAACCCUUCAAAUGUUGAAUCCUAGCCAAGCAAUGAAAUGCUGUUUUUUCUAACCAUUCUUUUUAUUGGAUGUAGAGGUUCUGCUUUCCCCCCCCCCCCUCCUUUUGCAUUAAAAGCAUUUAUUGGGAAGCAAACACCAAUUAGAAUUUAAAGACCAUUUAAAAAAACAAAAUAUAAAGGAGCUACCAUCUGUUCUCAGAGUCUUCAACCUAAUCCUGACCCCCUCCCCAGCUUGCAUUCUUAUCAGACUUGGUGUGAUUCAGUGUACACAGCUGCUCAGCAGUAGUCUAGGUGGAUGUAAUCUGAACUAUUUCCCCAUUCUAAUUUUUUAAAAAGUUGGGAUUUUGAAUAGCAGCAUCUUACAGAAUGAGUAGAUUGUGUUUGGUGUGCAGUAUAGUGCUGUAUGACAGCUUUUCUGUUCAAAAUAAAAUGAGCAUAUGCAACACAUAGGCACAGCAGAAUCACCCCAGUGAGAGUUACGUACAUUUUUGUUAGAGGCACACUUUUUUAAAAAAUUGACUUUCAAACACUAUGCUUAAUAAAAAGAAUAUUAUUUUGGUACUUAUUUAGUCUCAGUCAGUGUCGUCUUCCGGAAAUUAGUUAUAAAGCACCGUUUUACAUUGGAUAACAUAAACCAGAAAUUCUGACAAUUCCUUUCUGAGCCAGUUCAAUUAUGUGUAAAUUCAUACAUUGUUAUUUUUUUAAAAGCAAUCUGACAAGUAGAUGAGCUCAGAUUUAAAAAGAAACUUCAAGGCAUGUUUAUUGUAACAAGAAUUGUUAUGUAUUAAUACUUAAGUUUUCAAUAAAGAUUGACUUGUGUUGCUUA